ACACAAGUUGAUCGUUCCUUAGCACUACAAGGUUUUCUUGCUACUCGCUUUCCCAAUUUUUCGUCGAAAUGUCGUUGCAAAGACGACAUCUUUAUCUGUCUUUCAUUUCUAAUGACGAAUUUGAGUAAGCCGACGUUUAUAUUUAAUCUGCGCCUGUAUUUCUCAUGGAAAGCAAGUCUUGUUCUCGCUCUCUACCCAAAUUGAAUUGGAACAUGGCAAACGAUUUCCUUUUCUUCUUUUUCUCCUCCUUUUUAAUUAUCGCAUUGGCCGGAGCAGCUCCUUCGGAAUCCCAAUUGAAUCAUACACCUCUAAUCAUGGGACCCCAUUGUCAUAUGCCCAUUAGCGUCAAUAAAACCACUUGCUACUGGAAAGGAUUGUCCCCAUUCUGUUUUGCCAGAGAUGAUUGCCCGGAAAACACCUUCCUGAUUUGCAAAGACAGAUGCGGCGAUGGAGGAUGUUGUUGGACUGGAGAAAAGGCUUUGUGUUGCCCAAUGGACCAAGAAUAGAAAACGAUAUUGAAAUGUACCGAACACAGAACUGUUUUUUUUUUUAAGGAUAACAUUCACUGGUGCGGGUACUUGCGUAGAAGCGUCGUGGGGUGUAAUAGAUUGUUGAAACUUCUUUUUAAAAAUGUGAAUUGCUUUUUUAAAAUUCUGUUUUCGAAAUUGUGUGAUUAGUCAUCUUCUGUUGUUAUGAUUACAGUCUUUAAAGAGCC